AUGUCAGAAACUGAGCUGGAAAAGAUAAAAGUCAGAACAGCUGAGCAUUUUGAAAAUGACAAAAAUAACAUUUCUUGGUUGAAGGAAGGAUCAUCCAGCUCAAUUCAAAAUCCUCUGGAAGACCCUGAUACGCAACUCACAAACGAAAAGCAGGCGGACGAGAAAGCCAUUAAUACCAUCGUUAUAAAUUCAGUAUCUGAAUUCAAAAUCACAGAUGGACCAGCCAAGGAAACCCCCAGUGAGAAAAAACUGUCAGAAUCCAGCAUAUCACUGUCCUCCCUUGAAGAAUGCCAAACGAAACUUUCCUACCUCCAGACUCAUCCUUCAGUUCAUCCAAGAGACACUGAUGAGGACUGUGCCUCCCUCAUCCUCACCUGUCUGUUUUGCCAGUUUUGGGAUUGUCUCCUGAUGCUCCCGGAUACGUGUGAAACGGUGUGUACCAAUUUGUGCUGCCCCUCUCACAGGUAUCGCCACACCUCAGAUGAAAGCCACUCCCGGAAUGACUGCAACUGCAACUGUGACAUAGACUGCAGCCUUUUUGACUCUUGCCAGGAGACCAGUGAGUGUCUGGAGCUGGCCAUGGAGAUUUCAGAAAUCUGUACAAUAAGCAGCAGGAUAUUAAAACAGAACCAUUUCAUUUUACUGAACGAUGAGUUGUGUAGGCACCUGAAAGAAAUACAUGUGCAGCAAAGCAACUUUGAUCUCUACCUCCAGAGUCCAUAUCCUGCACACACACCCAGGCCAGCCCUCAUCAGUAUUCCUGAGAGCAUGAAUUGUUUUUCAUCAGUCAACAACGCGAUGUCAACCAAAUGCAUUCUGAUUCUGAGACCUUUUAUCUCAAAAGCUAUGCAGAAACCAAGGUCACGACGAAGCGAACUGCUCCCUAACUUCAGCACUUGCCCUUUAAAAUGUGACGUCCCAGCAGCCAAGGCCCACUUUCCAAACCUGUGGAUAAUACGAGGCCUAGGAGUAUACAACGAGACGCCCUUGGAAACUCCACAGAACGCUGGAAAUUUUCACGCAGGACACUUGGCAAAAGUCUUUAAAUUUCAACGUUCUUAG